AUGGUCAACUUGAAGAGAGCAGCCAUCGUAAAAGUCUUCUCGACCAAACAUUCCUUGACCCUUCCUGCAUCUGCUCUAGCGUAUAUCGAGCAAGUCUUGCUGGAGAACGAGAUACCGGAAGAUGAGUGGGUAGUAGGACUCGAGUUCUGGGCGAGGGAGUACCUCAAGGGUGAAGACUCAUCAUCGCUGGUAUCCCUGCCUGCACUGAAAAGAGCAUACGAAAGUCUUCAGCUAGGGACAACCGACGAUACUGCUCAAGCUGAUCCAUCAGAGGUCAACGUUGAGUCACAUUUCUCAGUGAUAGAUUCUUUUGAUAUGCCACCGGUACAUUUUGAUGCUGUAAGAGGAGGAUUCACAACUUCAAGACCGAAACCUUCCAUAGCAGGUCAAGCAUCAAGUAGAUCAGCUUUCCUAAGAGAACGAUGGGGUAUAAUCAAAGAGAUCAUCCUUCGAAACGAGAACUUCACUCCGCCUGCUAUAGGAGGACAUGACCGUUCCAACUACCUCAAACUCACUUCAACACGUAAUCUCUUGGGUCGAGCAGGUCAGCUGUUCUUGUUAUUUGGCAUGCUAUCCAGAGAUCCAGAAGGAAAAUUGUGUCUGGAAGAUGGGGAAGGAAGAGUGGUAUUAGACAUGGAAGACGCUGUUCCCGGAGAAGGUCUAUUCACCGAGGGAUGUAUGGUGUUGAUUGAAGGAGAAUAUACGAUCGACGAGACUAUAAGAGUACUGGCUAUGGGUCAUCCCCCAAGUGAGAAAAGAGAUGUAGCAAGGGGAUUGCACGGACAUGUAGAUUUCUUGGGCGGCGGAGCAAUGUCAUUGAAAGAAGAGCAAAAAUACCAGCCAUCGAUAUUAGCAAAUACUCAAGUGUCGUUCGUAGUGCUCUCGGAUGUCUGGCUUGAUCAUCCUCGUACAUUGCCGGCUCUGCGAAGGAUGUUGGAAGGGUAUGCAGAAGCUGUGGAAUAUCGUCCGAUGGCAUUUGUGUUCUGUGGGAACUUCAGUCAGAAAGGGUGGGAGGGCGAAGGUGGAUUGAAACGAUACACCAAUGGAUUCAACGCCUUAACCGAUCUCCUACUGGAAUUUCCUUUACUCCACUCAACACAUUUCAUCUUUGUUCCUGGUCCACUAGAUCCAUGGUCGUCAACUACACUUCCUCGUCCUGCCAUACCGUCGGUAUUCGCUUCUCGUCUGACGCAGAGGUUACCAAAAGCGAGAUUCGUUUCUAAUCCUUGUAGAUUGAGAUACUUCGGUAUGGAAUUAGUGAUUUGUAGAGAAGAUUUGAUGGGUAAGAUGGUCAGGAAUCUGGUGGGAGUCAAGAAAGAGGGUCAAGCUGAUAUGAAGAGAUAUCUCGUCCAAACGAUACUUGAUCAAACUCAUUUAUCACCCUUACCAAUAUCCAUCCGACCGACAUUAUGGGAAUACGACCAUGCCCUCCGUUUAUACCCUAUGCCAUCGGCUUUGAUCUUAGCUGAUAAAUACGAGAGGUACGAAUUGACAUAUGAAGGGUGUCAUGUAUUUAACCCUGGUAGAUUCGUUGGAUCAGGAGGUGAGGGUGGUGGAGAAUUUGAAUGGAGCAUGUAUUAUCCUGCUACAGGAAGGAGUGAGAGAAGUGCUCUCACAUUAGAUCAGUAG